GGGAAGUAGCAGAGGGUGGACGACUCUCCUUCUCCGGUGCCAGUAGAGGGCGCAGGAGGCCAGCGGUGUUCUGCAUUGGUGGUCACGGAUCGGAGGAGCAGGAAAUUCCGACAUCGAUCCAUCCGCGCCGCCGUCGGAAAGGAUGUCCAGCAUUAUUGUUCCUGUGUGCAUCAACGCGCCCGAGCUAUCCACAAUUCUCGAGAACAAUGCAGGACUUGAGUAUCUUACCAAGACAAGAAAAGUGUGUGUCAGAAGGCUGCUUAGUGCUAAUGCUCAUGGGUACCCUAUACCACCACCGGUGCUUGAAUACACGAAGCGAUAUCACAAGGCAUAUUUCACAGACGAGGCACAAGCGCAGUUAAAGGCGGCUGGUCCGUAUGUACCUGGCAGCACACCAACAAACGAAAACAAUGAUCAAAGCCAUGACAACGGUGAGCCAAGAAAAAAUUGUAAAGGCUUGACAGAGAAUCCUACCCUCCGAGAUCAAGUACAAACUUAUGGUGCUUCAAGUUCGGUCCAGCAAAGGAUUGCUAAAAGGCCCAAGUUGGACAUCGAAGAAAUUUACAGGACAAGGCACCCUGAAUUAUAUCAAGGAUUUAUAACUGAUGCUGGUAUUAGGGUCACAGAAGAUUCACCUAUCCCUGAGGAGUGCCAGACUGAGGAAUUCCUAGAGGCAAUGGAGAUUUUGGAAGAAAUAAAUGGCGCCCCAUGUUAUGAUGCUGAGAGCCUGGCUCUAGGUUCAUUGAAGAAAGCAGAGUACUUCCUAAUGCCAGACACUAUACAAUUUGAGCCAUGUGCAGUUGAUAGCAUUUGCCGAGGGUCUGCAUUUUGGAAACCUGAUCGGAAGCUACUUUCUCAGGUGUACGCCCUGGCUAAAGUGCAGGCGCUUCAGCUUGGCAAAUUAAGUGGGCGGUUCUACGAGCUCAGGCAUUUUCUGCUGGCUGGUACCAUGGACAGAAAUAUUCAAGGCUUUGUUCGCCUCCGAAGAACUCAGCUGAGAUUUAUGAUAAGAAAAUAG